GGUAUUAGCCAGUGGUCAAAUUGAGUAAAAGAAAUGUACAUUUGGUUGGUAACGUUACAACUCAUUUGUUGUCGCACGGUGUUAACAUGGCUUGAAUUAAAUACAUUUAAUGCAUUUAGGUUGAUCCAUCUUCCCCUGGAUUUCGACAAGUUGUAAAAUAAAGACGUCCUUGGAAAGAGCGCGCGCGGAUAAUUGCGGGCUGUGCGUGUGACAUCACACAUAUCCAUUACUAGCUCUUCUCCGCAUUGCUCGGGUUUGUAUUUAGGGGGAUGGGGCCGUGCAGAGGAUGAUAGAGCUCUCAUGGUGUUGUACUUUACUUCUUGGCUAAAUCCUUCCACUUCCUAACCGAGCCACCCACAUUGUUUUAUAUAUAGUACCAAUUCACGUAUGUAUUUUGGCGACGUUUGACCGGAGAAAAGUGGAGUAUCCGUACGACCACCGCUGAAAAACUACAAAAUGUAUUCUAGUGGAGCUGCUGGAGCUGCUGAGAUGCUUGAACCACCUCACUCCUCGGGGUCAAUUGGCUCUGAUCCCCCGUCUCCCCCAGUGCCAGAGUAUGUGUUCAAACCCCCCUCGCGGCCAGACUUUGGCACCAUGGGCAGGACAAUCAAACUGCAGGCCAACUUCUUUGAGAUGGAGAUCCCCAAACUGGAGGUCUACCACUACGACAUUGACAUCAAGCCAGAGAAAUGCCCCAGAAGGGUCAACCGGGAAAUUGUGGAGCACAUGGUACAGCACUUUAAAACGCAGAUCUUUGGGGAUCGAAAGCCAGUGUAUGACGGGAGGAAGAAUCUCUACACAGCCACGCCCUUACCUAUAGGCAGGGAAAAAGUGGAGCUGGAGGUGACCAUCCCAGGCGAGGGGAAAGACCGGAACUUCAAAGUGGCCAUAAAGUGGGUGUCCUGCGUCAGUCUGCAAACUCUUCAAGAAGCCCUGUCUGGACGACUGCCAAACAUCCCCUUUGAGACCAUCCAGGCCCUGGAUGUGGUCAUGAGACAUUUGCCCUCUAUGAGGUACACCCCCGUUGGACGUUCUUUCUUCACCCCUUCAGAGGGAUGCUCCAACCCCCUGGGCGGGGGCAGGGAGGUCUGGUUUGGGUUCCACCAAUCGGUUAGGCCUUCCCUGUGGAAGAUGAUGCUAAACAUUGACGUGUCGGCCACUGCCUUCUACAAGGCCCAGCCUGUGAUUGAGUUCAUGUGUGAGGUUUUGGAUUUCAAAAGUAUCGAAGAACAACAGAAACCCUUAACCGACUCCCAGAGAGUAAAGUUUACCAAGGAAAUCAAAGGUCUGAAGGUUGAGAUCACUCACUGUGGUCAGAUGAAACGGAAGUACAGAGUAUGUAAUGUUACCAGAAGACCGGCCAGCCACCAGACGUUUCCACUGCAGCAGGAGAAUGGCCAGACCAUAGAAUGCACAGUAGCGCAAUAUUUCAAAGACAAGUACAAACUCAUACUGCGCUACCCCCACCUCCCCUGUCUACAGGUCGGACAGGAGCAGAAACACACCUACCUCCCCCUCGAGGUCUGUAACAUAGUGGCUGGCCAGCGGUGCAUCAAGAAGCUGACCGACAAUCAAACAUCCACUAUGAUCCGUGCCACAGCCCGAUCGGCACCUGACCGUCAGGAAGAGAUCAGCAAACUGAUGAGAAGUGCCAACUUUAACAAUGAUCCUUACGUGCGUGAGUUUGGGGUGAUGGUGAGGGAUGAGAUGACCGAGGUGAACGGCAGAGUCCUCCAGGCCCCAUCCAUCCUCUACGGAGGGCGGAAUAAAGCAAUAGCAACUCCCAUCCAGGGAGUGUGGGACAUGAGGAACAAGCAGUUCCACACUGGCAUAGAGAUCAAGGUGUGGGCCAUCGCCUGCUUCGCCCCACAGAGACAGUGUACUGAACUCCUGCUUAAGGCGUUCACAGACCAGCUGCGUAAGAUCUCUCGCGGCGGGAUGCCCAUCCAGGGCCAACCCUGUUUCUGUAAGUACGCUCAGGGGGCGGACAGCGUGGAGCCCAUGUUCAAACACCUGAAGUACACCUACCAGGGCCUGCAGCUGGUGGUGGUCAUCCUGCCUGGGAAGACACCCGUCUAUGCUGAGGUGAAGCGUGUUGGUGACACGGUGCUGGGCAUGGCCACCCAGUGUGUCCAGGUCAAGAAUGUUCAGAAAACCACUCCCCAGACCCUCUCUAACCUCUGCCUGAAGAUCAACGUCAAGCUGGGCGGGGUCAACAACAUCCUCCUCCCACAGGGCAGGCCCCUGGUGUUCCUGCAGCCAGUCAUCUUCCUGGGUGCUGAUGUCACUCACCCUCCUGCUGGAGAUGGGAAGAAACCCUCCAUCGCUGCAGUGGUGGGGAGCAUGGACGCCCACCCCAGCCGCUACUGUGCCACAGUGCGGGUGCAGCAGCAUCGCCAGGAUAUCAUCCAGGACCUGGCCACAAUGGUCAGAGAGCUGCUCAUCCAGUUCUAUAAAUCCACCCGCUUCAAGCCCACCCGGAUAAUCUACUACCGCGACGGCAUAUCUGAGGGCCAGUUCAACCAGGUGCUCCAACAUGAGUUACUGGCAAUCCGUGAGGCCUGCAUCAAACUGGAGAAGGACUACCAGCCCGGUAUCACCUUCGUGGUGGUGCAGAAGAGACACCACACUCGACUGUUCUGCAUGGACAGAAACGAGAGGGUUGGUAAGAGUGGCAACAUCCCUGCAGGCACCACAGUGGACACCAAAAUCACUCACCCAUCGGAGUUUGACUUCUACCUGUGUAGCCAUGCUGGCAUUCAGGGGACCAGCCGACCGUCCCAUUACCACGUGCUGUGGGACGACAACCAUUUCACCUCGGAUGAGCUGCAGGUGCUAACCUACCAGCUGUGCCACACCUAUGUGCGCUGCACCCGCUCCGUGUCCAUCCCUGCACCAGCCUACUACGCCCACCUGGUGGCAUUCCGUGCCCGUUACCACCUGGUGGAUAAGGAGCAUGACAGUGCGGAGGGCAGUCACACGUCGGGACAGAGCAAUGGGCGUGACCAGCAGGCUUUGGCCAAGGCAGUUCAGAUCCACCAGGACACACUGCGCACUAUGUACUUCGCCUGAAGCACCGGGGGCGGGCAUUGGUGAGACAGACCCAACAGGGAAGAAGCCCUCUCCUCCCACCUAACCCCCUUACUGUAUCAGGUGUGGGCGUUAAGUGGGUUUGUCGUCUUGUCUCUCCCUGCCAGUAAGGGGGAAUGAUACCAAACAAAUUAGGGAGUUUUUUUUUCUCUCCAAAAUGUCCACAAUUAUUUUCAAACAUGCGUACAAAACUGCUUUCUCCCCCCCCCCCUUCCUGGCCUAACCCUGGUCAUUAUUAGGCAGUACUAUGUAAAACGAUUCCUCAGAAAUGGGUUGUGGUGGAGUGGACUCCUUUAUUUUACAUGUUGUACAUUAGUUUGUAUUUGUAAAUGUGGGGGAGAGAUUUGUAUUACUUUUCUUUACACUGACAGUUGGAAAUACUUGUAUCAAACUAAGGGGCGGUAUCAUCACACUUUGGUGUUUAGACACUAUACAGUUUUCUGAAGAGGUCUCCAGGGUUGAAAGGAGGUGGGGAUAUCAAAGACGAGAACGGUCCGAUAGGUUUAUAAUCAUUCUUACUCUUCACAACUUUAUUUAUCAGCCAAUCAAAGCAAAGUGCACUGACCAGGACUUAAGUACACAAGUACUUAACAUCGUAUCUUUUCAUUUGUAUGUACUAUGAAUUUAACAGGCUUGGAUACAGUACCAGCCUCAAGAGUAUUUGUCCUCCAACACUGGUGACCAACACGUUUUUAUGCUGCAUCUGAUGACCGCUAAGCAAGUAAUUUUUGUAUUAGAUUUUCAUUAGACUUUGAAACUGUUAACACUUGUUUUUUAUCAAGACUUAUACAAAUUAAUAAUAUGAAAUUGUAACGACAGCAAUUUUUGCUGUCUUGCCUUUUACUUGGACUGGGUUGUUUUGUCAAUCUAUGGCCAGUGUGGCCAGCGAAUAGAUUUACUAAUAGAAUGGGACUGGUUCCCAACAGACACCUUUUGUGUUCUCUGAGCCACAUUACAUGUGAAGACAUCUACAUUGGGGGGGGGGGUCAAGUCUCUUGAAAUGAAAUCUGUUGUCUCGUUUUAGUGUCCCCAUUAUUUUCAUGCAAUCUAUUUUAAGAAUUUGUGCGUAGAUGACUUACACGUUCGAUUAAAGCUUUUGGAUAUUGUUAA